AUGUCAUCCCCAAUGCAAGCGCUCUAUCGUGUCUUUGUACAGCCGGCCAUCACGACACGCACACGACCAACCACAAUACUCUCCAUCAGCAAACCUCUCACCUCCACCCGCACCUUCACCUCGUCCCCACCAAGACUAGCAGCAAAAGGUCCCCCAGCAAAGCGCAAACAACUCUGGGACGAAGAGAUUCCCGCCCGCCGCAUUCAACUCGUCGAUCCCACCACAGAAAAACUCCAAGAACCCCAACGCCUCCGUGACGUGCUCUCCACAAUCGACAGGAAAGCCUACCGUAUAAUCUGCGUAACGCCUCCCCCGGCAGGAGAUUGGUCUCAAGAAUGGAUACCCACGUGUAAACUGCAAGAUAAAAAGGCAGCUUACGAGGCGGAAAAGGCAAAGAAGAAGACUGCGCAGGUUAAACAGGCGGCAGAGGGGACAAAGACGUUGGAGUUGAAUUGGGCCAUUGAUACGAAUGAUUUGGGGCAUAGGAUGAAGAGGAUGCAGGACUUUUUGGCCCAGGGCAAGAAGGUCGAGAUUAUAUUGGCGAGGAAGAAGGGUGGGAGAAAGGCGACAGCGGAAGAGUGUGAGGAAUUGUUGCAGAAGAUUGGUCUGGCGGCUGAGGAAGUCAAGGGCACCAAGGAGCUCAAGAAGUUUGAAGGCAAGUUGGCUGGAAUGGGCAAUCUGACGUAUGAGGGUCCCAAGCCGUAG